AUGCAGAUCUCACCACUGCUAAGCCUUCUCUUGCCCCUUGCGGUUGCCUCGGCACUGCCCGGACGAUUCCAGGCUUCAUCUUCGACGUCUUCAGGUUCCAAAGCUAUACCGACGAUAUGGGUGGCAGGCGAUUCGACGACUGCACCGGAUGGAGGCCACAAUGGAACUGAAGGAUGGGGGCAGUACCUCAAAUACUCAUUUGGUGACAGUGCUUUUAUCAACAACUCUGCGUACGCGGGCCGCUCAGCGCGUUCAUUUACACGCGAAGGGCGCUUUGAACGCAUAGCUGCUGCGAUGAAGCCAGGAGAUUUCGUUGUCAUCGAAUUUGGAAUCAAUGAUGGAGGUACACCUCUCAAUGGUUCCACGAGCACCACGGGUGACAAGGGAAGAGCGGACUGCCCUGGUGCAGGAAAUGAGACUUGCACUGUAAUAUUCAACAAUGUCACCGAGACCGUGCAAACGUUCCCAACCUAUAUCGAAGCUGCGGCUAGAAAGUUUUUAUCUCUGGGAGCAGCCAGCGUCAUCAUCUCCGAGCAGCUUCCUAAUAACGUCUGGGAGACUGGAUCAUACUCGUACAAGCCAUCGCUCUUUUCAUACUACGAUCUAUUGGUCGCAGAAAGACUUGGAGGACCUUCCGGUAAGGCGUAUCUUGUACAACAUGGGAGCUACGCGGCGCAGGCCCAAAAGCUGCUAGGAGCGGAAGUCGUCAAUGCCAAUUAUCCGAUGGAUCAUACUCAUACCGCGCCGUUCCUUGCUGAUGUGGUACGUAUCAUCGAGAAGUCGCGCUUGAAGAAUGCCACUGAGAACUAUACAGCAUAG